AUGCGAUUCUACAUCACUUGGAUGAGUGCUUUGGCCAUCGUUUCACAGGCACUGGCAUCUUUUCCUUUAUACUACGAGUUAGAAGCACCACCCGGCUACAAAGAGCCUCAGGUGCAAGUCGAAACACUCUUCCAGUUCCCAAACAAUGGGUCGUGGGUCGACAACAUCGCCCUCCGCUCCGAUGGAAGCUUGCUCUUGACUCGCCUCGACGUUCCUGAAGUCUGGUCAGUGAACACUACGAGCGGAAAUGCAACGCUUGUUCACUCGUUCCCCAACGCCACAAGUUGCUUCGGCAUUAGCGAGAUCGAUAGCGACGUGUUCGCCGUGGUCGUGGGCAACUUCUCAACCGAAACAUACAAACCAACUGCGGGGUCAUUUUCCGUUCAAAAGCUAGACUUCAACAAUGCCGAUGCGAAGGAGGCCGAACGGGUCUCUGACCUUGCGACAGUCUCGUCUAUUGCGGCACUCCCGGAGGCUCAGGCGCUGAACGGAAUGACCACAUUCACAAAAGAAUCCAACUUGGUUCUUAUUGCCGAUAGCCCGAAAGGAGCAGUCUGGAAACUCAACACAAAAACAGGUCAUUAUGAGGUCGCUAUGAAUGAUACCACCAUGAUGCCUGCUAAGGGCCAGGCACUCCCACUGGGUAUCAACGGGCUGAAGGUAGUGGACGGAUAUGUCUACUAUUCGAGUACCACAAGGAUGGAAUUUUGUCGCGUAAAAGUCGACGACGAAGCUACUCCUGUCGGGGAUUUCGAAGUAAUCGCCAGUGGUUUCUUGCCUGACAAUAUCGAUGUGGCUUCAGAUGGAACUGCCUACAUUGCUACGGACCCCCAAAACUCGGUUGUCCGCAUCUCGCCUUAUGGCCAAAUUUCCCUCGUCGCUGGAGGUCAACUUUCGACUCAAAUGCCUGGUCCAACUUCUUGCCGGUUGACUGAAGAUGAAACCGUUUUGUAUGUAGGCACAAGUGGAGGCCAGGUGGCUCCCGUCCUUGGCACCUUUAAGGAGCCGGGAAAAGUUGUGAAGAUUUCAUUUGCAUGA